AGAUAUAUAUAUAUAUACAGCUAGUGUCUCUCUUCCUCUCUAUAAGCAUAUAUAUGUAUAUGUAUAUACAUACACUAUAUUAUAUAUAUGAAGGAAACUUAUACAGUGGAGUUUAAAGAGUGAUAAAAUUCUUAACUGAGUUUUAGAUUAAGCUUCUUGAAUCGUGUGUGUUUUUGGAAUUCAGUCAUGGCUUGCGAUAAGGGGUCCUCCUGCAGUUAUAUGAUACUGAAACCAGAAGAAGUGGGUUUCUUCGAUCUCAUUCACAUUUUAUGGUCAAGCAAAGUAGAAGAUAGGAAAUUCAUAGACCGUCCAGAGGGGAUCCAGUUGGAGGAGAUAAGCUUCCGAAGAAGAUGGAUAUUAUUCAUCUCCAUCUUGGUUCAAAAGAUUCUGCUAUUCGUAUCCAAGCCAAUGUUAUGGUUUGGUUCCAGAAUUGAGAUCUUUUUGAACCUUUUGUCCAUCAACCGCAAUCUUGGUGUGCUUCUGCUUAAUAUCUUCCGAGGGAAAAUGGAGAAGGCCCCAGAUGAGACAUCGCCAAAAUUCUUGUCAUUUAUUGGGAAUUUCGACAAGCGAGUAGAGCUGGACAGCACCAUCAAAUAUGGAGACCCCAAAUACUUUGCAGCGCUCUCUAUGAUGGCUUCCAAAGCAUCUUACGAGAACAAAGCCUACAUUCAAACUGUUGUCACUGAUCAUUGGAAAAUGGAGUGCUUGGGAUCUUUCGAUUUCUGGAACGACUAUCAAGAAAAAGCCACAACACAGGCUUUUCUGCUUCGUGACAAAAACGAAGAGCAUGACACAAUAGUUGUGGCAUUUAGAGGUACGGAACCUUUUGAUGCCGAUGCAUGGUGUUCCGACUUCGAUAUCUCAUGGUACGAGCUUUUCGGAGUUGGUAAAAUCCAUGGAGGUUUCAUGAAAGCUCUUGGUUUGCAGAAAAACAUUGGUUGGCCUAAACAACUACAACCCAAUCACACACGUCCAGCUGAUGAUCUAGCUUACUAUGCCAUUAGGGAAAUGCUCAAGGGUCUUUUAAGUCAAAAUGCCAAAGCCAAAUACAUAUUGACAGGUCAUAGUCUAGGUGGGGCUUUGGCAAUCCUUUUCCCAGCAAUUUUGGUACUUCAUGAAGAGGCAGAGCUAUUGGAAAGAUUGGAAGGAGUCUAUACUUUUGGCCAACCCAGAGUAGGAGAUGAGAAAUUUGGGAAAUUCAUGGAAAUGAAACUAAAAGAGCAUAGUAUUAAAUAUUACAGAUUUGUUUAUGGUAAUGACAUGGUACCUAGGUUGCCUUAUGAUGAUAAGGCCCUUUUGUUCAAGCACUUUGGGACAUGCCUCUACUAUAACAGGCACUACCAUGGGAAGGUUGUGGAAGAAGAACCAAACAAGAAUUACUUUUCACCACUAGGGGCAAUACCCAUGAUGGUAAAUGCAUUCUUCGAGCUGAUAAGAAGUUUCACCAUUGCCUACAAGAAAGGACCAGGAUAUAAAGAAGGGUGUUUUCUGAGAGUGUUUAGGAUAAUUGGUUUGGUAAUGCCAGGCAUAUCAGCACAUAGUACACAGGAUUAUGUAAAUGCCACCAGGUUGGGCUCCUCCGAUGUCUUCCUCUCUCACAAUGAACCAUCAUCGAUUGAAGAAGUUGUAUAGAACUUUCAUUGGGAGUGUAAUUAUGUGUUUUUUUUCUUUUUUUCUGAUUUACUGAAAAAUUGUAGAUGUCUUCUCUGAAACAGAACAAUGUCUCUGCCUUGUGUCUCUUUUGCAUAAAGUCCACUGAGAAAUUAAUGUUCUGUCUAGCCAAACAAGUAGCCUGAGUCUCUGUUUCUCCAUCCAAAUCCCCUGCUUCUAUUAUGAGCUGUAAAAAGGAUAUUUUAUACUGAAGAUAAAUUAAACUUUUAUAUUGGAGAUAAAUUAAAGCUA